AUGAUAAAGAAGUAUUUUAGCUUUGAUUUUCAAGUUAUAGGAAAAGUAUAAGGUAAUGUAAUUCAUGAGUCUAAAUAGGAGUAUUUUUUAGAAAAUAUACAAAAGAACAAGGAACUAAUUUGGGAUUGGUAGGAUGGGUUGAAAAUUAAAAAGAUGGAUCAGUCAAAGGGGUAGCUUAAGGUGAUCAAAAAAAAUGUGAAGAAAUGUAAAACAAUUUAUGAUUUCUAAAAUUAUUAGGAUUCAUUGGUUGUCUAACAUUGGAUCUCCAAAAAGCAGGUAAAUAAUUUUGAAUUAAAUAAUAGAAUUGAAAAGAUGAUCAAAACAAAUGAGAGAGAGAUUGAUAAAUUAUAAUAUAAGGAUUUUUCAGUAAGAGAUGAUAAAAAAUAGAAGUGAUUUUAUAAUAUAAUAA